AUCUCUAUUGGAGCAUGACUGAUUUCGUCACACAGCGUUUCUAUGCUGAAAGUGGCCCAUCAACUUACUCUUGUGAGGCAUCAGGUCUCUGGGGAUAAAGACUUGCAACUUCAAAGCAAAGGUGAACACUCAGUGCACUAAUACUCCUGAGAUGCUGUGAUUUUGUACAGGGGUUUGAAAAAUGGACCUUGUGCAGUUUGAAGAUGAUACAACUUCAGUGUUUUAUCCAGGCUAUGGACAAAUGAUACAAAAAUCAUGGAAACCCCGAAUUCAUAUCCACCUACAAAGUCUGACAAAAAAUACAAUACAAAAGAACCCCAAAGGGCCAACUGCUGCUGAUGUGGACCUCUGGACUAAAUCUUUUGAGUGCUUUUUGACUGACCAGAAUGGACAAAUGGCAUUCAAAGCAUUUCUGAAGUCAGAGUACUGUGAAGAAUUUAAACGCAUCAAAACAAAACAAAUACUGGCUUCCACAGCUAUUGACAUGUAUGAACAAUUCAUCAAAACGGACUCUCCAAAACAGAUUAAUUUGGAUUUUCACACAAGAGACUGCAUCACACAGAGCCUCCAGCAUCCUACCACCUCCUGUUUUGUUGUGGCACAGAGGAAAGUAUAUCACUUAAUGGAGAGUGGCAAUUACCCUCGUUUCAUCCAGUCAGACUUUUACAAAGACCUACGCACCACAGCAUGCACAAGAACCAAAAAGAAUCGCAGGAGAAUUCUGCAUUGAGUGAGAGACAAUGUGCCAUGGUAGUGUCAGUUGCCACAAAGAAAUUAAGAGAUACACUCCCCAGUGCUAUUAUUAUGUCAGUCAUAUUUAAUUUGACAAGCAUGUGUUGAGAGAAAGUCAUGCUUGUUCCCAAGAGCAUAAUCAUGACCCUUAUGGAUAGUACAGCAGCUGCACAGCUUCCACUAAACAACUGACAUCUCUGGCAUGUCGGACAUGACAGUGUUUUUAUUGCAAUGUACAGAUGGUCUGCAUUGAUCUCUAUUUUAUUGACUGAAAGUGUUUGAUCUGUUUUAUUAAUUGUGUCUAUUCUGUCUUGUUUGAGUAUGCGUUCAAUGUUCAUUCCUGUCAGUUUACACACAUGAUAUUUAUAUGUAGCCUACCGGUAUAUAUAUAAAUGUAAUACCUGUGAACAAAUUGGCUUGAAUGCAUGCAACUUUCAAAGACAGCCCAACCAACAAGUUUCUCUCACACAAGGAAAGAUUUGGAGCCAAGGUUGUCGUCUAAACCCAGGCUAGUUGGGCCAUCUAGUGGCUCUUUUGGUACCUCGCCACCUUUCCUACUACUGUUCAGGCGUCUGGCAACUGUACAUUCUCCAAUGUUGGGCCAAAUAAGGGGAGGCUGGUGCCCCCACAGGAGGAUGAUGUGCCUAAUUAAACCAUUUUAAAUUAACAGUAGGGCUAUGUCUACAUGAGCCAGCUGUGAAAAAUAUGGACCUUCAUCUUGCAUUUUUAAAAGAUUAAACACUGUCCAGCUA